AAACAGAGAAGAGCGGAUGGACCAAAAUGUCAUCACUGUCAACACUGUGACAAAUCCUUCACAAGAUCUGGAACUUUAAAGAUUCAUCAGAGAGUUCACACUGGAGAGAAUCUACACAGCUGUGAUCAAUGUGGGGCAGCUUUCACACUGAAGAGUCACCUAGUAAUACAUCAACGCAGUCACACUGGAGAGAAGCCGUACAGCUGUGAUCAAUGUGGGAAAACCUUUUGUAGGAGGGAUAGCCUGGUAGUCCACCAACGUGUUCACACCGGAGAGAAACCGUACCGGUGUGAUCAAUGUGGUAAAACCUUUGCUAUGAGGGGUCACCUAGUAAUCCACCGACGUAUUCACACCAGAGAGAAACCGUACCGGUGUGGUCAAUGUGGGGAAACCUUUACUGAGAGUAGUGGCUUUAAGCGCCACCAGCGUAGACACACUGGAGAGAAGCCGUACUGCUGUGAUCUAUGUGGGAAAGCCUUUACUCAGAUUGGUCGCCUUAAAACUCACCAGCUCAUUCACACUGGAGAGAAGCCGCACAGGUGUGAACACUGUGGGAAAACAUUUUCUCAGAUUGGUCGCCUUAAAGCUCACCAGCGUGUUCACACCGGAGAGAAGCCGUACUGGUGUGAACAAUGUGGGAAAAUUUUCUCACGGAGUUGUCAGCUUAAAAGACAUCAACGCAUUCACACUGGGGAGAAGCCGUACAGCUGUGAUCUAUGUGGUAAAACAUUUUCUUGGACGAGUAGCCUAGUAGUCCACCGACGUGUUCACACCGGAGAGAAGCCGAAAUAGUCUGAACACGUACAUUAGCUCUAAAUAAGCAAAACUACAAAGAGACUCAUGAAAGUGCAGCGUCAAGAAAAAACAACAAUAACUACAGUUGGGUUCGAAGGUUUGGGCACCCCAGGUAAAAAUGUGUAUUAAUGUGCAUAAAGAAGCCAAAAACGAUGGAAAAAUCUCCAAAUGACAGAUUAGAUAUUAAAUAUGUCACAAAAAGUUAGGUUUUAUUUCAUCAUUUAUACUUUCAAAAUAACAAA